AUGUACAACCAACAGACCUUCCAACCCUUCACCCACAGCUCUGGGCUGAUGCAAGACGCCAACUGCCAAUACAACAUGACCGGAUACCCUGGCAUCAGCCACCACCAUCACCAGCCUUUCUUCCCUUUCUCUGCCAUGAAAUCAGACUAUGGUGAACUCAGCGUGCAAGCUGUGGGAGAUUGCUCAGCUCAGGUCAUGCCCUGGAACCACCUGCCACAAUUGGACCCUGCCAGCCAGACCCUAGGCAUCCAUGGCGGGCAGAACCCCAAGAGAGAAAGAGAGGAGACAUCAGAAAUCAAAGCACCUUCUCCAACAGCCAAGUGUAGCCCCCCAACCCCCAAUGCCCCCACUGCAUCUUACUAUAACCAGCCAUGGGGUGCUGAAACCUUCUGGCCUUCUACCCCAAAUGGUGGCAGUACAACAGCUCCCAUCAAGCCUGAAGACAAUGGCAAGGCGCAAGGCACCGACCCUGUUCAUCAAUUGCCUUCUAACCAAAGCCCCAAUGCAGCCUUAGAGAGUGGUCUCUCCAGUAUGGAGAACAGCAGAUGUAGCAGUGCCACCAGCUCAGUGUCCAGUGGCCACAACAACAGCACCCCGAGGAGCAUGUCCAGUGGGGGUAGUGAGGGUAUCUGCAGCGACAACGAAGAGGAAGCUCCAACAUCUUCAGAGAUGGAACAGUUUGCUAAAGAUCUGAAACACAAGAGAAUCACCCUGGGGUACACACAAGCAGAUGUUGGCUAUGCUCUAGGAAUCCUUUUUGGCAAAACCUUCAGUCAGACGACCAUCUGUCGCUUUGAGUCCUUACAGUUGAGCUUCAAGAACAUGUGCAAGCUGAAGCCAUUACUGCGGAGCUGGCUGCAUGAGGUGGAGAAUAAUGAGAAUCUGCAAGAGAUCAUUAGUCGGGGGCAGGUCCUGCCACAAGCCCAGAAGAGAAAACACAGAACCAGCAUCGAGAAUAACGUGAAACGGAGUCUAGAGAACUAUUUUUUGCAUUGCUCAAAGCCGGGACCACAGGAGAUCACCCAGAUCGCCAGAGAACUGAACAUGGACAAAGACGUGGUCAGAGUUUGGUUCUGCAAUCGCCGACAGAAAGGAAAACGGCAGGUGCACCCCUACCUGAGGGAAAACGGAGGUGAAACCUAUGAAGUCGUCCAGUCCCUUUCACCUCCUAACGUGGGGCCCUUCUCCCUGCAGCAGGUGGUGACCUCACAGGGCUUUGCCCCAAACUCCCUGGGUUCUAACCCUGCACUUUAUGUGCCUGCCUUCCAUAAGAGCGAGGUAUUCCCGCACACCGUGCCUCAUGGAAUGCCCAUGGCCAACCACUCGGGCUGAAGUUGUCCCCUCCA